GUGAAAGUGAGUGCUUUUUUGAAUAGCCUUUAUUAUGAUAUGGUAUAAUGAACAACAAUAACAAUGAUCAACAUGAUGCUGCAAUUCAUAUCGAUUGAAAUGUUUCGUUUACUGUCUACAGUGUUCGUCGUCAUGGGAUCCUUUUCGAGGGCCAAGCUGGUCAUGGCUGAGGGAUCCACUCUGCAAGAGAGGUACCAAGCCUGCAUGAUCCUGAGUGGAGCUGGAGAUGCACUGGCGUACAACCACGGCGACUGGGAGUUUGAGAAAAAUGGUGAAAAAAUCCAUAAGGAGGUAGCAGCGAAAGGGGGCUUGGAGAACUUGGACGUCCUGCAGUUCCCUGUCAGUGAUGACACUAUCAUGCACCUUGCAACAGCUGAAGCCUUAGCGGAAACUGGAAAAGACGCAUCAGUGAAAGAUUUAUAUAACGCCUUGGUCAAAAAGUACAUAGAGUGUAUGGAUGAUAUGUCUGGCAGGGCCCCAGGUUUCACAUGCAUUAGUAGCGUUGCCUAUUUAAAGGAAAACCAGUCGAGAGACUGGAGGCUCCCUUUCAGCAAAGUUGGUGGGGGCUGUGGCGCUGCCAUGAGGGCCAUGUGUGUGGGCCUGCGCUUCCCUGGGCCCGAGCAAGAGCACCUCCUGGUGGCCGUGAGUGUGGAGAGCGGCCGCAUGACCCACCACCACCCCACGGGCUACCUGGGGGCGCUGGCCGCUGCACUGUUCACAGCCUACGCGGUGAGGGGCUCUCCCCCAGUAGAGGCCUGGGGCCAGGGUCUGAUGAAGGUGCUGGAGAAGGCUGAGGAGUAUGUGAAACAAGAGGGGCAUUGUGUUAAAGAAAACAUGAAACAAUGGGACUUCUUCGAGGACAGAUGGGAAAAAUACCUUGAGAAAAGGGGAAUCCUUGAAGGGACUGGAAAAGCCCAGUUCCCAGAUGACUAUGGAGUGACGGCGAGGGAGGUUUUCUACAAGUCAGUCAGCUUCAGGGGAACAGGCGGUGCCAGCGGACAUGACGCACCUAUGAUCGCCUACGACGCACUGCUGCGGGCCGGGGACUCGUGGACUGAGCUGGCCAAUCACGGCUUCUUCCACGGAGGUGAUAGUGACUCCACUGCCGCCAUUGCUGCUGCCUGGUGGGGUGCCCUCUACGGGUUUCACAACGUGCCCCCCAAGAACUAUGAAAAGCUGGAGUACUACUACCGCCUCUCUAAUGUGGCAGACAAGCUUUACAAGUUGAAGGGUAUGCCACUCUCCUGAUGUGUUAACCUAUAGGCUGGAGUAGAAUUUUGGGCUUAGAGAAAUACAGUAUAUACAGUGGGGAACACAUGUGUUUUUUUGUUUUUUUUAAAUAUAUAUUUUUUGGGGCUUUUGUGCCUUUUUAAUUUUGACAGGACAGUAGAGAGAGACAGGAAGCGAAUGGAUGAGAGAGUCGGGGUGGGAUCCAGAAAGGACCUCGGGGCGGGAAUCGAACCCGGGUCGCCGGCGUGCGGUGCAGGUGCCCCAGCCAGUUGCGCCAAAUGUAUCGUAAAUAAAUAGUAUUUGACCCCCUAUGUAACCCAAUGGGAAUUUAACACAUAGGGUUAACAUAGGGGCAAGCAGAUUUUUUAUUUUUAAAGGCCAGCUAUUUCAUGGAUCCAGGAUAUUAUGCAUCCUGAUAAAGUUCCCUUGGGCUUUGGAAUUAAAAUAGCCCCACAUCAUCACAUACCCUUCACCAUAGCUAUAGGGAUUAGCAUGGUGCUUUUUCCAGUAGGCCUAUUAGCCUGUUUGAUUUACAUUGAGCUCAAUGAGCAUCAAACAGGCUAAUAGGCCUACUGGAAAAAGCACCAUGCCAAUCUCUAGCUGGUUCUUAGGAAGAGCAUUUAUUUAUUUACGAUACAUUCUUCAAUCACAAAGAAAAUUGUUUUUUUUUAUUAAGACAUUAAGAUCAAUUGUCAAGUGAUGAUUUUAUAUUCCUCUUUUUAAAUUGAUCAGAGAUUGUUAACGUUACGUCCUACCUCGCCUUACUGCAUAUGCACCCGUUCUUCCGACUGCACUGACUCACUCUGACUGCUCUCCUUACACAUGAAUAUACUCAUAGCUAGAUCUGGACUGAGUGACUUGAGUUGAUUACCACCAUUGAAAAUAUCAUGUUCAAACUCAAGAACUGCACUGAAUUUUGUUGUAUCUGCUAUAAUGACAAAUAAAGAUAUUGUAUUUUAAACCA